AUGAUCGUGGACAAGCCACCUCUCUUGGGCGACGAGGUCGAGCUCUCAACCGAGGACGCGCCCCCCUCCUAUGAUGCCCUCGACGACCUUCCCGUUCGCCCCCUCCCCACAAACGAAAAGGCCGGACCGUCCACACCCGCACCCGCACCCCCUCCUCCGCCCUCCUCUUCUUUAUAUCCCCACGACAAGCCCGCCCACGGGCCGGGGUCCGUCUCGCCCAAGGCCGCUGGCAAGCUCCCGUGGUUCACAUUCGGGCCUUCCUUCCGCGCAGUCAAGGGCGUGCGCGCGACGCUCUCGGGCCUUCUCCGCGACCUCGUCAAGAACGGCGACCCGACGGCCGCGCGCGGCGUGCUCGAGUCGUGCGCGGACGCGUGUCAGACGUACGACCUCUCCCUCCCCUCCAUCCUCCAGGAGCCUUCGCUCGAGGGCCACUCCGCCCUCUACUGGGCGGUCGUCAACCGCCCCGCCCCGCCCCCUCCCCCUUCACCCUCCACGUCGACGUCGACCAGCCCCCCAACACCAACGCCCGCGGACGCGGACGGCCCGGACCUGGUGACGGCGCUCCUGACGCACGCGGCGCCGCUCACGGACGCGACGGUGGACGAGCUCCGGCUCGCGUGCCUGCACACGACGGACAACGGGCUCUUCCAGCGGCUGCGGCGCACGCCCGCGUUCGCGCCGCUGUCGGGCAAGGAGGAGAUCAUCAUGGGCGGGAGCGUGCCGGUGGACGACGUCGAGGUGCUGGACGUGCCCGAGGACGAGGGCGCGUUCGUCGCGCGCUUCCGCAUCCCGCUCUUCCAGAAGCGCAUGCGCGUGUCCGAGUCGAUCGCGCUCGAGUUCAUCGCGAAAGGCCGCAUGUGGGAGCUCUCGCUCAUCGUCGCCGCGGAGAACGAGCGGACGCGGCGGAAGCUCGGCCACCGCUCCUUCAAAACCGGCAGCUGGGUCCUCAAGCUCGCCCUGCUCAGCAGCAGCCCGCCCACCGUGAUCGACUCCCGGUUCGUCAUCGACGACCCCCGCACCCGCGCCGCGCCGCGCCUGUCGUCGUCGUCGUCGUCCUUCGCGCCGUCCGCGCCCGCCUCCCCAUCGGCGUCGACGUCCGCCGCGGGUGCGCCGCGCUCGCUGUUCGGCGCGGUGAGCGACAUGGUGGCCCGCGGGGAGUCCGCCGCGGGGGCGAAGGUGCGGCCCCCGGUGGAGGUGCGGCUGCGCUCGGCGGAGCAGCUCACCGCGCCGCGGGACAGGUGGGACACAUGGGCCCGGGGGGUCAUCGUCGCACUCGAGGGGAACGCGCUGGCGAACAGUCUGCAGUACCAGGGCUGCCCGUACUUGGAGCCAGACGGUGCGCUGGUUGCGAGGCUGGAGGCGCGGCUCGCCGCGCCGGGUUCGGAUGCGGAGUGUGUUAUAUGCUAG